AUGCUAGAGGACCCGGAUAAAGAAACAUUUGGCGAAACGCUAACACAAGUGGAAAUUCAAUGCCAUUUAGGCUCGCGUCUUCUAAGCGUUCGUGUCAAAUCACCCGCCAGGCGUACUGCCAGUGACAGAAAUUUGUUUUGCACGGCCACUGAGAAGAUUGAAGGCGAACUGCCAAGUCAUAAUGUAAUGGUAGAAGCCCAGAAAAUGCAACAUAGGCCAAAAGCUG